CACACGUAAUCACAGCGUUGAGGCACAAAGUAAAUUUUAUUAUCAGUCCUGUAGUUCUGUCGAUGCAAAAAGUUCAUUUUUGGUCCAUCAUGCGAAAUUAUCACUUGUUAUUUUUGGUUUUGUGCAAUUUUUCUCCUCCAAUGCAAGGAAUGUUCACAAAAUUCUACAAAGUUGGACUCAUUGGCGAAUGUGUAGAUCAUCAUCCAGAGACACUUCCGUUAGAUUUUGGCAAACUGCGAUCUAUCAAUAACAAACCCAACUCGCCGUGUUUGAUAACUGGAAUGAUUGAAGCUCGAAAAAAAAUUGAAGGAGACUUAGAUAUGCAAAUUGAUGCGCAACGUUGCGAUCCAAGCGGAGAUCGAUGUGUUUCCUUCUCUAAUAAUACAAUUUCGAAUAUUUGUAAUUUUAUUCCGAACAAUCCGAUUUUUGGAGAUGUUUUCGCUAAAUUGACCAAACCUCCGUUAAAAUGCUUCCCCAUCAAAGUUGGAAAAUAUAUUUCGCAAAAUACGACGUUUGAUAUGAGUCCCUUUAACAUGUUGCCGACACAAGGCUUUAAAUGGAAAGUAAAUUUUUACUUUUACAAAAGCGGCAGUCGAGAAUUGCUUGGAUGUUGGCACACGGAAGCUGUUAUUUCGCAGUCGAGCAGUAGAAAAGGAAAAUAA